UGAAUCAGUUUCGAAAUCUCUUCUUUCUCACAAAAGAAUAAAUAAAUAUUAAAAUAAACUUCAAAUCUCAAAUGGGAAAUUGUAUUAGGCGUGAGUCAUCAAACAUGGUGUGGGCUGGCGAUGAUUGGGAGUUCUCCUCAAGGGGUAGAGUAAUGGAUGAUAUUGAUGAUGAUAAGCAUGGUGAGCGAAAUGCCGGCGAUGUUAACGUAGAGAAGCGGAGGCUGCUGAGUGAAAAGGGAGGGUUUUCGAGUUCGAGUUCGUUAUCGUCGUCGUCUCCAUCGACGCGGGAGGUGAAGAUAAAGAUUUCGAAGAAGGAGCUGGAGGAGUUGGUGCAUAGAGUUGACAUGCAAGGUUUGUCUCUUAAACAAGUCUUGGAAAAGUUGAUUGAUGCUAAUAUCGAUCAUCAUCAUCAUCUAGAGCACCAACGGUCAUGGAGGCCGGUCUUACAGAGCAUUCCAGAGGUUGAUUAAUUAAUUAAUUAACCAAUGAGUUGUUCAAUUGUAUUGUACAUGUUAAAAGUUAAAAACAUUAGGCUAUGAUCUGGAGAUUUUAUUGUACAGAAGUUCUUAUCGUCUCCAUAUUCUUGUUUCACAUUUCUUGAGUUGUAAAUUUAUUGUAUUUGUACUCAAUCAAGUUCCAUAGCCAAUUCAUAAUUUCUCUUAUUUGGGGUGGCCA